GCUUUAACCCUGUUUCACCGCCUCAUAUACUUACAAGUAUUCCAUAUAUAUAGGAGUCCCAAGUUUCCAUUUUAGUACACAAGAACAACACACAACAGACAAUAAGACUACUUAGAAAAAUCCAACCCCAAAUAACCAACUAUGGCGCAAGAGAAAAGUGUCAAUAUUCCAAGAGUGAAAUUGGGAAACCAAGGAUUGGAGGUUUCAAAGCUUGGAUUCGGAUGUAUGGGACUUACCGGAGUCUACAACGCACCAGUCCCUGAUGAGGUUGGCAUAUCAAUAAUCAAAUAUGCCUUCAGCAGAGGAAUAACAUUUUUUGACACCUCAGAUAUCUAUGGAGAGAAGUCUGCUAAUGAAAUUUUGGUUGGCAAGGCUUUGAAGGAGUUGCCUCGAGAUCAAGUUCAGUUAGCCACAAAAUUUGGUAUUGUGGAAAUAAGAGCUGACCAAAUUGAGGUGAAUGGAAGUCCUCAAUAUGUCCGGUCCUGCUGUGAGGCUAGUCUUAAGCGUCUCAAUGUGGACUAUAUUGAUCUCUACUAUCUGCACCGAGUAGACACAACAAUCCCCAUUGAGGAUACUAUGGGAGAGCUGAAGAAGUUGGUAGAAGAAGGUAAAAUAAAGUACAUUGGAUUAUCUGAGGCUAGCUCAGACACAAUAAGAAGAGCACAUGCUGUUCAUCCCAUCACUGCCAUACAAUUGGAAUGGUCUCUUUGGACUCGUGAUAUUGAAGAACAAAUCAUCCCACUUUGCCGUGAACUUGGAAUUGGGGUAGUUCCAUAUAGCCCUCUUGGUCGUGGAUUUUUCGGUGGCAAGGCAGUUGUGGAGAGUCUACCUCCAAAUACUUUUCUGGAAUCACACCCUAGGUUUCAAGGAGAAAAUAUAGAGAGAAACAAACUCUUGUAUAAUCAAAUGGAGAAGAUGGCUCAAAAAUAUGGAUGUACGAUUCCACAAUUGGCACUUGCCUGGGUUCUUCAUCAAGGUGAUGACGUGGCGCCUAUUCCUGGUACAACUAAGACAAAGAAUCUCGAUGAUAACAUUGGAUCAUUAAGAGUGAAACUGAGCAAAGAAGACUUGAAGGAGAUUUCUGAUUUGGUAGCCAUCAAUGACGUGGCAGGUGAUAGAAUACAAGAUGCUUUUAUUCGUUGUUCAUGGAAGUUUGCAAAUACACCACUUAAAAUUGGGAAUUGAAGAAAAAAUGCCAUUGUUAAAUAUUCUGUCUCACACUUCAGCAGAGUUUCAGUCUCAGAUAUAGUCUGUUUUGUAACAAUAGACACUGCUAGCUCAUGCACUUUCCUUCCAAUAGCUUCUUCUCUUUUCUACAUUAUGUUUUGUUUCUUUGUUCAGAAACAUCAAUUUAUACUACUUUUUAAUUGUGAAUUUACUAUUUUGUACAA